AUGCCCUCGAUGGGUAAGCAUUCGAGAAGAGAAGAAACUAACAAGAAAACCACGAUGGGGAGAUCUUACGUUCUGGCUAGGGGCGUGGCCCGACAGACGAGACAGCAACGGCGGAUACGUAGAUGGGAAGAAGACGGGAGACCUGAGAUCGACGCUGUCAUUCGUCACUCACAUACUACGGUCAGUUCAUGGAUUGUGGACUCAUUUUAUAAAAGGAGGAAACAGAUCAAAGACAAGCUUGCGAUUGCAAAGAGUCGAAUCAACUUAUCGCUCGAUGGUUGGACAGCCUCUACUACGGGAGACGACCUGCGCUUCGAAUACUUUGAGGACAAGUGGCAGAAGCAGCCAGAUUGGAUUCGACGUAUAAAGAGAUCCUUUCGCGAGCUGUUCGACGAGUACUAUGACGAAUGCUAUGGCGACGUCGAUACUGAAUCCGACGAUCAGCAAGAAGAACCAAAGUCAGCCUAUCACGAAUACAAUCAAAUCUCGUCAGAAUUUCUCAGCAGAAAGCGGAAACGAAUAGCGAAAGACAAGGACAAGGAUAGCCUAGAGUACGAUCGCUAUAUCAAGUCGGUUGACGAGAAGCUUAAGGUUAAAGAUCCACUUGUCUGGUGGAACCAGCAUAAAUCAGACUAUCCUCUCCUCGCAAGAAUGGCUUUUGAUCUCUUCUCGAUAUCGGCUAUAAGUGCAGAAGUCGAACGAAUCUUCUCAUCGACAGGAAAUCUAGUUACGGAUGAUCGGAACCAGCUGGGCGAGGAGGUGUUGGAAGCUACUGAGUGCCAGAAGCACUGGAUAGCUGGAAAUCUUGGAGGAGAUUUCGACGCAUUAAAACGAGCAUUUCUACUUCGAGAGCCGAUUGAAGAAUUUAUUGCCGCUGAGAUAAGAGCAGUUUCGGCUGAAGCCAGAAAGUGUGGAAAGAAUCGAUAUCAAGAUGAAAACGAUAUUGAGCGAGACGAGUUAAGCAUUAAAGACUGGGACGAGCUCAGGAGUAUCAUGGAUAUCCUUGAGCCGUUUAAAAAAUGGCCACUCAAAUUGCAAGGAAAAUGUCGAAAUGGCGCCUUACACGAUAUACUGCCUGCAAUGGACGGGUUGCUCGCACAUCUGGAAGAUGCUAAGCUUCAAUACAAUGACACCUCGAUCCACAUCGAACAUCUUCGAACGUUUAUAAAUAUCGCUCUAGUGGACCUUACACCGGUUUAUUAUGCUGCCAUUGCCUUACAUCCAGAGAUGAAGUUUGAAUACUUUGAGGAGGAAUGGGGAGAUCGUCCAGACUGGAUUCGGACAGCGAAAGAGGUAACAAUUGCGCUCUGGGAGUCUGAAUAUAAAUGCCAAACAUCGUCGAGUGAUGAUGUAUUAAUAUGGAAAGAUUCAAAGGAAGAACCAGAGUGGAAGAGAAAAAAGCAAGCUCGCCUAGCGAAAGAUACUCAAGACAGCUUGCAAAGAUAUCUAGAAAAGGAGGAGGGAGAUCAAAUCGACAAUCCAUUGCAGUAUUGGAUCACUAAGCUGCAAGACUCAUCAAGCCGACAUAAGUUUAUUGCUUCGAUGAGAGUUGCGAUACAUAAUAUACCUGGCAUGUCGACGGAGGUUGAGCGGGUGUUCAGUUCUACAAAGAUCCUUAUCUCGGAGCGGCGGAAUCGUCUAAGCGACGACAUUAUUGAGGCAUCGGAAUGUCUUAAAGCGUGGCAAAAGGAGCAGCUUACUUUAAGCUAUGAUCAGGAUAUUCGAAAGAUGGACGAGAUGUUAGAUGACCUCGAAGAGCGCGCGGGAAGCCUAUAG